AUGCAGCCAAGGUCAAGAUCCGUUCGCCAUGCCCUGAAGACGAAGGACGACCUUGAGAAGGAGCGGCUGCGACAUCGCUCCGGGGGAUUCUUCCGCUACGAGAACAGAGAUAAUCCCAUCGAUGUGGUCGUCAACUGCCCCGGCUACAUCGGUCCGAGGGAGAGAAUGACUGCGGGAGCCCACUGUGAAGAGGUGAAUUAUAUGGAACGUGAACACGCCAAAGUUGUGCGAGAUGAAAUCACAGAGGUUCGACGCAAGGGUAAAUACGAUAGAGAGGAGCACAGAUGGCGAUGCAUUGCCAACGCAGAUCAGGGAGAUGUAGAUCGCGUGGUGCGAAUGCAGCAUGACCCCAUGAUGGGUAGAAAGAACGUCUCAGGCCAGCCUUUCAACAUCGUGAACCACUGCUAUGACAGAACUCCAGCUGGGGCGCAGCUAGAACACCAUGACAACAUGAUCCGGUACCGGUCGAGAGUGCGUGAGGCGGCACUCGCAAUGCGCAAUCACUUGGGGUUCAAUCCGAUUAUCGGCGAGCAGAUUCGACCUCAGAUUUGUGUUGCUGAUGCACCAGACUUCGACUGUCAAGUCAUGGACUUCAAACAGCAGCUGGCCAAAGCAAACAAGGACUCACGGCAUUUCGCUCCCCCCUCCUCCACGGCCACCGCCUUUGGCGCUGGCAUGAAGACCAUGAAGCACCUCAGUGGCAUUCACGAGGUGAUGGGUGCUGCCUCCGUACCAAGCUCAGAACGAUACCUGGGCCACCACUUCCUGAGCAGUUCCCUGGAGCUGCUCUCCGCACUUUUCAAGCGCCGCUCGGACGUGGAUUCUGCCGGGCAGACCUGGGAGUCCAGGCCCGAGGAGUCCUCGGCAGAUGCUGGAGCGUCCCACCUUGCAGGUCUAACCUUCGACGCGCCCUCGGCACAGGAAUGGCUGAAGCAGCUGGAGCCGUCGCCAGAAGAAGAUCUCCUGGCUGAUGCUCUGGUCGAAGGACUUGCCGAGAGGCAGAAGGCUGCCCCGUCGCAUGUUCCUCGUGCUGUGAAGCCGGAGGAGUCGCGCCGCCUGAAAGAUUUGGUUGCAGAGCUUGGCUCUCUGCAAGACCAGUUUUCCAAGGAAAGGGAGCGGCUCGGAGCAGAAAAGGAGGAGAUCCGGGCAAAGGCGGCUGACAUUGCAAGGAGAGAAGCGGAGUUGGAGGCUGAGAAGGAGGCCCAGCGAAAGCGUGAGGACGCCCGGCGGAACUACCCGCAGCCCGCCUGGCUGGAGAAAGUUGAUGACUGCAUCAACAUAGCAGUGGUGGGCAACUCUGGUGUCGGCAAAUCCCUGCUGAUCAACAGGUUGCGGAAGCUUCGGCCACAGGCAGAGGGCUGGGCUGCGGUAGGAGUCAAUGAGACGACCAAGGCACCCACUAUGUAUCCAUAUCCAAGUCAGCCGCUUGUGCGACUUUGGGAUCUUCCUGGCGCCGGAACGGCGGCCGUGCCUGCUGAGAGCUACCUCCAGGACAUGGGGCUGCGCUACUUUGACGAGGUCAUCGUGGUCACGGCCGGGCGUUUCACAGAGAUGGAGGUAGCACUGCGGGGCGAGCUGGAGAAUCACGGGGUCCCAUUUCGCAUGGUGCGGACCAAGGUGGACCAGGACAUUGCCAACAACAAAGAGGACAACUUCGCGGAGAAGCAUGAGACCCUGAAACAGAUCAGGGAUGACUUGGAGAAGACCCACAAAGUGGAAACAUCAAGUCUAUACCUCGUGUCAUCCAGAGACCCAGAUGACUAUGAUAUGCUAGCAUCCGAGACAGGUCAGCCCCUGCGCAUUGUAGCUGGAAAGGGGGCUGUGGUCCGCGAUGAUGCCGGAAAGGAGUACCUUGAAGCCAUGGCAGGGCUUUGGUGCACUGCUCUUGGGUGGGGUCACGAGGAGCUGGUGGAGGCAGCAGCGCAGCAGAUGAGGAGCUUGUCCUACUACCACUGCUUCGCAGGCAGGCAGGUUCCAGUUGCAGAGGAGCUGGCAGACAAACUCAUCAGCCUGGCUCCUGACAAUCUGCAGGGAGGCAAAGUCUUCUUCGGGAUGUCGGGUUCGGACGCCAACGAUACGCAGCUUGGUCCGGCUGCUGUGGCACUACAAUACCGUCAGAGGUCUGCCACAGAAGAAGAAGAUCAUCUCCAGGGUCAACGGCUAUCACGGAGCAGCUUGGUCGACGACUUCGAUCACCUUGGUUGCCAUGCUGCUAUCGUUGCUAUCGUUUGUCAGGUCACUUUGGCCAGCGGAUCCCUCACGGGAUAUGGCCAGGACGGCGAGUCUGAGACUGACUUUGUGCAACGACUGGCUCAAGAACUGGAAGACGCGAUUCUCGCUGAGGGUCCCAACCAGGUAGCAGCCUUCUUUGCUGAGCCUCUGCAAGGAGCAGGCGGUGUGAUCCUACCGCCUUCCGGCUACUUCCCAGCUAUGCGGGAGGUCUGCGAGAGGUAUGAUGUCAUGAUGGUCGGCGAUGAGGUCAUCACUGGCUUCGGCCGCACCGGGCAGAUGUGGGGCUGCACUGCCUUCCAACAGACAGUAGAUUUCUUGAGCUGUGCGAAGCAGCUUACAUCGGGAUACGUGCCACUCAGUGCCGCCAUCAUCCCCAAGUUUGCUUACGAAGCCAUAGAAGCCUCUACUGAGCGCAGAGGCGGUGUCUUCGGCCAUGGUUUUACAUACACCGGCCAUCCCGUGUCUUGUGCUGGCAAGGGCCUCAGCACUGUGGCCAGUGGCGGGGGAAUCAUGACGUCCUUGCAGAGUGAAAGAAGCUUUGACCUAGUUGCGCUCAAGCUGCUGGAGAUCUUUGAGCGCGAGCAGCUGCUAGAGCGUGUGGCGCAGCUUGCCCCGCACUUUCAGCGUCGGCUUCAUGGCCUGGCAGCUCACCCGCUGGUGGGCAAUGCACGGGGCAUCGGCCUCAUCGGCGCCAUUGAGCUGGUGAAGGACAAGCACAGCAAGCAGCCCUUCGAAGCCCAUCGUGCUGUUGCGGCAAAAGUGGUGCAGUGCGCCCUAGAACGCGGGCUCAUUGUCCGGGUAAGCCCCGACGAGGUGGAUGAGAUAUUUGACCGCCUGGAAUCUUCGCUGACAGAUGCAGCGCAGGAGUUGGCUGUGGACCGAUGUCUCAAGCGUCAGCCGGGAUCACGGUUGGAUCCAGAUGCUCCCGUUUUCUGCCCUGUUGGCACAGUGCAGGCAGCACAGGCGCGCCAUGCGCCAUCUGCCUGGACAGAUGCAUGGGCGCUGCCGCCAGCGCUCUCCAUAGCACUUUCUGGCCUUCAAGGUGGCUGGUGUGACGCAUACCGCUGCGUCUACCUGGUGCAGAAUGACCAUUGCCACGUCACUCUGAACUCGGGCCAAUAUACAGUGGUGCCCUUGUCCCAAGAUGCACGUGCUGUCUGGUGGCUUCAGCGCUGGUACGUUGACGAUGAGGCUGUCGUGAGAGCCCGAACAAAGGGGGAACUCCGAUGGACGCCUACCACUCCGCAAGACCAACCUCUUGUAUGGUGGUACUACUGUUCGUAG